AUGGCCGGCGUCGAUAUGCGUCUUGAGGCUCGUGCCAUCCGCGAGUUUCAUUGGCAUAAGACAGUCGAAUGGGCAUAUGUCCUGAGUGACUACAUGCGAGUGACUUGCAUAGACUCGCCCUCCCCUGACGUCCAGGUGGUCAAGGACCCAUACGGGCAAGUGCUUAACCCAUCCACAUUCCAGAUGUCGACCAUGACCGCGACGCCACUCGCCGUCCGAUCGGUCAAGAUUGUCGACUCGCGGAUGUUCCCGGCUGCGACGUCGAUUGCUGUUGCGGAGUGGCACCCAACUCAGGACGAAUGGACCUACUAUCUCUCUGGUCAGACGCGUGUGACAGAAUUCGCGCCUAACAGCAUCACUCAGACGUUCGACUUCCAGCUGGAGAUGUCGACUUUGUCCUUGCCACGUACGAACAUAACUGACUAUGCGCCCCCAUUCGUCAACACUCUGCCUUAUAUCCUCAUCUCACGGUUCAUACUCAACCUUCGAAUUGCCUCCGAAUCUACACGUACUUUGAAUAUCUCGUCUCGGCUCAAUUCCGAAGGGUUGCAUGUACAGACAGACAGCCUCGCGACCAGUAUUUUUGGAGACUUGGGUGGACCUCUUGAUCAUGGCCUUAUUUUUGCAGCGGAGGACGAGCUAUUGAGCGAUGAAGAUGGCUCGGACGGGCCAACUUGUGACAUCCCAACGAUUGGCGAGGAGUUCGAGCUAGCAGAUCUUAGCGAGGAGAGAUGGACAGACGAAAGAGAAAUGGCAAGUGCACUCAUCUUCUAUGCUGAACUGUACUACUUUACUGAUUGCUCAUACAUAAAGUUGCACGAGGGCGUCAACGCCGACAACGCGACAACCUCAGAAACCCAGGAAUGUAGGCGUUCAGGUUGA